AUGGCCUGCAGGAGCGGCUGCUGCUGCGCCGCGGGUCCCGUCAACGAGGACAACGCGCGCUUCCUGAUGCUGGCGGUGUUCAUCGUCGUGUACCUCCUGUGCGGGGCCGCCGUCUUCUCCGCGCUGGAGCAGCCCAAGGAGCGCGAGGCCAAGGCGCGCUGGGCGCAGAGGUUCGACGCUUUCUCCCACAAGUACAACCUGAGCAAGAGGGACUUGAACAACUUCCUAAGGAACUACGAGGAGGCGAACGUGGCGGGGAUCCGCGUGGACGCCAUCCGACCCCGAUGGGACUUCACGGGAGCUUUUUACUUCGUGGGCACUGUGGUGUCGACCAUUGGGUUUGGGAUGACCACUCCGGCCACCAUCGGAGGAAAAGUCUUCCUGAUGUUUUACGGCCUGCUGGGCUGCGCUGCCACCAUCCUCUUCUUCAACCUCUUUCUGGAGCGAGUGAUUACCGUUAUCGCCGUCGUCCUGAAGUCCUGUCACGAAAGGCGGCGUAACAAGGCCGUGCUGCCACAAAAUGGACAGCGUGUCUCGGAGGGAGAAGGCGGCGCUGGCGGAGGAAAAGGGGAGGAUCUCGCUGGCUGGAAGCCCUCCGUCUACUGCGUCAUGCUCAUUCUCGGAGCGGCGGCCAUUUUGGUGUCCUGCUGUGCCUCACUGAUGUACUCCGCAACUGAAGGCUGGGGCUACCUGGACUCACUGUACUUCUGCUUUGUGGCCUUUAGCACCAUUGGGUUUGGCGAUAUGGUGAGCAGCCAACGAGUCAUAUACGAGGGCCACGCCACUGCGGCAUACCGGCUGGGCAAUUUCUUCUUCAUCCUGACUGGCGUCUGCUGCAUCUACUCCCUUUUCAACGUCAUCUCCAUCGUCAUCAAGCAGGUUCUCAACUGGCUCCUGAGGAGGCUGGAAACCCCUUGCCGCUGCUGCUUUCCCAAGAGGGGUCACCACCCGCAUCGGCACCCCCGACGCAACGUGGUCGCCCCAGGCCACCUCCGUGCCCGUAGGGACCCCUCCAUCGAGACGGACGCCAUCAACGAAAGUGAAACCGACACUGGCCGCAGGAUGUCUGGGGAGAUGAUCUCCAUGAGGGACUUCUUAGCAGCCAACAAGGUGAACUUGGCCAUUAUGCAGAAGCAGCUUUCGGAGAUGGCCAUUGGGCACCCUCGUCAAGCCGGCUCAAGCUCGCGUCAGAACGGCUUCUCGGGAGGGGUGGGUGCCCUGGGCAUCAUGAAUAACCGGCUGGCAGAGACGAGCGUGGACAGAUAGGGGGCGGCUGUGGGAAUUUCCUUUCGAAGUUACAGAACAAAGAUGAGAAAAAGGGGUCGGAGGCGAGCGUGAAAAAUAAACUGAUGCCGAGAGAGGCCGAAACCCCAACAGAGUCAAUCCAUCUCAGCCUACCAUCCUGCCAAGAGCCUUCCUGAUGUAUCGGCUGUUUUCACUGGAGUCUCACAUCUGGACCGGAGUGUGGUGGAAUGUUCCAUCCCGAAGAACCCAGUUUCCAUGGUGAUAAAAAAAAAAAAACCUGCCUAGAGCCUUGUAUCUAAGAUUCUUUAGACAUAACUGCAACUUCCUCUUCAUCUGCCGUCGUUAACAGCACUCACUACGACUCCGCUCAAGUCCAUAAUGUAUCUGUCACUGUACUGGGGAUGGAGAUAGCUUUA